AUGGAGAGGCGAGAAGAACAAACGGAAGAUGGGGAGAGAAUAAUACAAUAUAAAGAAGAAGAUAGUAUUUGUAAGCUUUUAGAGCUGAUCCCUCUUGAUCUUAUUCAUGAUAUACUCUUGAGACUGCCCGCUAAAUCUGCUGUGAGGUUUCGUUGUGUCUCGAAGCUAUGGGCGUCCAUCAUCACUCGUCCAUAUUUCAUCACGUCGUUCGCGUUCAUGUCUUCAUCUCGGCUACGUCUUCUUGUAUGCAUCAAAACAAGUGACAAGAGGCGCUUAUUUGUCUCACUGCCCCAACAUGAACACCCGCACACGUCCUACUCUGAUGUGGAACGUUAUCAGAUGGAUCCCCCUGAAUUUGAUACUGGUAACUACGAACCCUAUUCCCAGUCGGUCCACGGAUUGAUGUGUUGUGGAAAUUUUAUGGGGGAGACUGUAGUUUGGAAUCCUUCCAUGAGGCAACAUGUAACCUUACCCGAACCAGCUGAAUUCAGGUUUAAGAGUUACUUUUUAGGGUACGAUCCGGUCGAAGAUAAGUAUAAAGUAUUUUGCAUUGCGAGCAGCUCAAAAAAUGAUCCUAUUGUCUUCACAUUGGGGCCUCAAGAAUCAUGGAGAGUGAUAAAAAAUAGCCCUAAACAUUAUACUCCUCGAUGGCCCAUGGGACAUCGAGGUGUAUGCAUCAACGGGCAUGCAUAUUAUGAAGCGAGUAUAUGUUUUGAAGUCGAUGCUAUUACUCAAUGGGAAGUCGUCCUUGUGAGUUUCGAUGUGAGGUACGAGAAGUUCAGAAUAAUUAGAAAACCAGACGAUCCUAAACUUUGUCCUUUGCUACUUAACUACCAAGGAAAAUUAGCAUGGGUUUGUGAAGACCGUGAUGAAAAGAAAUUAGUCUCUUCUCUAAGAUUUUGGAUUUUGGAGGAUGAAGAGAAACAAGAAUGGUCGCUUAGAGACUAUCUCAUGCCUUUUCAAAUUUGGCCUCGAUGUGACCCUAUAUGGCGAGUUUUCUUGUCGCUAGAUGGUGUUACUCAGGAUACUGGUGAGUUCAUUUACUCCACAGCAAGAUUUGAAGCAAUCUAUGUUAUAUACUAUGAUCCAAAGACAAACCUUACAAGGAGGGUCAUAUAUGAAGGGGUUGAAUACGAGGAAUACGAGGAGUAUAGUGGUUCAGAAACCUUCGAAGUCCAUUUAUAUCCGAAUCACAGCGAGAGUCUCAUGUCUUUGGAGAACGUUCCUCGCUAUGUUUCUCCCAUCAACUGGAACCACCAAUAA